AACAAGUUCCUUCUAAUUUAUGCAUUAUGGAGAAAACUUUCACCUCUUUUCUCUUAUCACUCUUGUUGCUUCAUUGUGUUAUGGCUAUUUCAGCCAUGACCCAUACCAACGUUACCACUGAUCAAUUAGCUCUUCUCUCCCUUAAAUCCCAAAUCAUUUCAGACCCCUUUCACUACUUGAAUGAAAGCUGGUCUUCCACUACGUCUGUUUGCCAUUGGGUUGGAGUCACUUGUGGCUCUCGCCAUCAGAGAGUGAAAUUCUUGAAUCUUUCCAACAUGGCUCUAACAGGCAAGAUUCCCUGUGAACUUGGAAACCUCACAUUUCUUGUUUUUCUUAACUUGGGAAGCAACAAUUUCCAUGGAAAUUUGCCUCGAGAAAUGGCAAGUUUGCACCGGCUUAAGGUUCUUGAUUUAAGUUUCAACAGCUUCAGCGGGGAGGUUCCCUCUUGUUUGUUUUUUUUACACCAACUUCAAUUUCUAAGUCUUAGGAAUAAUAGUUUCACGGGUUCACUCCUCUCUUCAUUUUCUAACAUUUCAAAGCUUGAAACGUUGGAUUUGGCAUUCAAUUCCUUAGAUGGUCAAAUCCCGAAAGAGAUUGGUGAUGUUGAAUACCUGAGAAAUUUAAACUUGUAUGGAAACAAUCUCAUAGGCUCCAUUCCUCCUUCACUCAUGAAUGCCUCAAGGUUAGAGACUUUAGAUUUAUCUCGAAAUUUACUUCAAGGAAAUAUUUCAGAAGGAAUUAGCAAUCUUCACAACCUGAACUUCUUGUCCAUACAAGAUAAUCAUCUUACCGGUUCUAUUCCAUUCACAAUUUUCAAUAUUUCGAAAAUCAAAGUCCUUGCAUUUACAAAGAACAGCCUAUCAGGAGAUCUUCCUAAUGGUUUAUGCAAUGAUCUCACAAUACUGAAAGAGCUUUAUCUGUCUUAUAACAAGCUUCACGGACGUAUGCCUACAAGCUUGUCAAAUUGUUCACAACUUCAAAUGUUGUCUUUAUCAUACAAUGAGUUUGAUGGUCCAAUACAUAGUGAAAUUGGAAAAUUGAGUAACUUGCAGGAAUUGUAUCUCGGAUAUAACCAUUUCACAGGGAUAAUUCCAUUAGAACUGGGAAAUCUUGUUAAUUUGAUGAAGUUAGACAUGGGGUAUAAUCAGAUUUCCGGCUCUGUCCCGAUAUCCAUAUUCAAUAUCUCCUCAUUGCAUUAUCUUUCACUAGGGAAAAACAAUCUCAAGGGAUCCUUACCACUGGACAUUGG